GUGCACACGGAGGAUCACACUAGAGCGAACAAUACAGAAUCAGCAUGGCUAAAGGUGACCCGAAGAAGCCGAAAGGCAAGAUGUCCGCUUAUGCCUACUUUGUGCAGACGUGUCGUGAGGAACACAAAAAGAAGAAUCCUGAAAUCCCAGUCAACUUCUCAGAGUUUUCAAAGACAUUUUCUGAAAGAUGGAAGAUCAUGUCUGCUAAAGAAAAAUCCAAGUUUGAUGACUUGGCCAAAGCUGACAAAGUAAGAUAUGAAGAAAUUAAAGAUUUUGGACCAGUUAAGGGACGCAGGAAGAAGAAGGACCCUAAUGCACCAAAGAGGCCACCUUCUGGAUUCUUCUUGUUCUGCUCAGAUUUCCGUCCCAAAAUCAAAUCCACAAAUCCUGGUAUCUCCAUUGGGGACGUUGCGAAAAAGCUAGGUGAGAUGUGGAAAAACCUGAGCGAUAGCGAGAAACAACCCUACAACAGCAAGGCGGGAAAACUGAAGAAAAAGUAG